AUGCCGUCCCCGUUGGGCGCCGCGGCCGCGUUGCUUGCGUUGCUGGCGAGCCAGUCGCCGAGCCAUUUUGCGCAUGCGUCCUCGUCGUCUCCCUCGCCCGCAGACAUAUCGCCUAUGAUCGCCGGCUUCUCUGAGUUUGUCAGCGGAGAGGGCUUCCUCGCGGUGCCGGUCGGCACGGUGCAGCGGCCGCCGCGAGAGGCGAAAUCGAAGGGCAAGAGGGCCGGCCAGGCAUUUGAAAGCCAGCUGGAAAACAAGGACUUUUUCUAUGCCACAGACGUCAACAUCGGAUCGCCGCCUCAGCGCGUCACCGUCCUCGUCGACACGGGCUCGAGCGAGCUGUGGGUAAACCCAGACUGCCGCACGGCCCUGACGACGGCGCAGUCGCAGCAGUGCGUGGGCUUCGGGCGAUACGAUCCGGGCCAAUCCCAGACGCCGCCCGACGGGCCCUUUGGCAAGGAGGUCAUCAACUAUGGCGACCCAAGCGACCAGACGACGCAGACGUCCGUCUCGAUCCGCUACUACCGCGACACCAUCACGCUGGGCAAGGCGAGCAUCGCCAACCAGACGUUUGGCGUCGUCUCGGCCAGCCAGGGCCAGUCGCAGGGCAUCCUGGGACUGGCACCGGCCCUCAAGGGCGGCGUCAACAGCGACAAGCCGUACAGCCUGGUGCUCAACACCAUGGCCGCCCAGGGCGUCAUCGCCAGCCGCGUCUUCUCGCUCGACCUGCGCCACUCGGCCGCCGACCAGGGGGCCGUCAUCUACGGCGGCGUCGACCGCAGCAAGUUUGUGGGCCGGCUGGAGCGGCGGCCCGUGGUGCGCGGCGUUCAGGGCGAGUACCGGCUGGCCGUCGAGCUCAACACCGUGGGCGUGACGCUGUCGUCGAAGCCGCGCAGCUUCGACGUCGACGGCGAGGACGCCAAUGUCAUGCUCGACUCGGGCACCACCGUCUCGCGCAUGCACUCCAACGUGGCGCUGCCCAUCCUCGAGGCCCUCGACGCCCGCGACGACGGCGAGGGCUACUACAAGGUGCCCUGCUCCAUGGCCCGCACCCGGGGCAGCGUCGACUUUGGCUUCGGCGGCAAGACGAUCCGCGUGCCGCUGUCCGAGUUCAUCCUCGACCUGACGGGCUCCUCGUCCGUCUGCUACGUCGGCCUCGUCCUGACGACGGACCAGCAGAUUCUCGGCGACUCGGUUCUUCGCGCUGGGUAUUUCGUCUUUGACUGGGACAACGAGGCCGUUCAUGUCGCCCAGGCCGCCAACUGUGGGAAAGCCGACAUCGUGGCCGUCGGCUCCGGGCCCGACGCCGUGCCCCGGGUUACAGGCAACUGCCGGGAGGACGACGCCCGGCCCACCGGAACCGACGAGCCGACGCGGACGAGACACAGCAAUUACCCGACAGAGGCCUACACGACCGUCUACACCGUGACCUCGUGUCCCACCAUCGAUCCCUCGUGCAAGACGGGCGCCGUCGUCACGCAGACAAUCAAGCCAGGCCCCUCGGGCAUUGGAAGCGGCGGCGGCGACGACAACGCCGGCACGCGGGCCGGGGCAGCGCGCUGGCUGCCCGUCGUCAUGGCCGCGCUGAGCCUGACGAUGGUGUACGGCGGGGGUGUCUGGUGA